AUGUUAUCAAUAACAGAGCUGAUACCGAGAGCAAUCGAUACAUGCUCUACUUCAAAUGAUUACGAUGGUAACAAUAAUUUAAGAAUUUUAUCUGUAUUCAUAUUAUUGAUUUCAGCUUCCAUAGGGGUAUUUUUCCCCAUAUUGGCGUCUAGAUACUCCUUUAUCAAUUUACCAGGCUGGUGUUUCUUUAUUGCCAAAUUUUUUGGUUCUGGUGUGAUUGUCGCUACUGCAUUUAUUCAUUUAUUAGAACCUGCUUCCGAAGAAUUGGGUGACGAUUGUCUAGGAGGCACUUUUGCUGAAUACCCUUGGGCUUUUGGUAUUUGUCUCAUGUCUCUCUUCUUCUUAUUCCUCGUAGAGAUCAUUUCCCACUAUUUUGUCAAUAAAAAUUUUGGUCAUGAUCAUGGACACGAUGAAACUGGUACAAUCGUACACCAUAUACCACGCGAAGAAGAUGAAGAAGAAGAAGACAGCCUUGAUGAAGAUUUUAAAAAAGGCGAUAUAGAAUCUCAGACUUCUCCUGACAUUAGAACUCAUAAGCUAGAUAGAUUGGCUUCAAUACUAGGCAAAGAUCAUUUUUCACACGAUUCUACCCAUCAAGAUCCAUCGCAGUUGGGUACUUCAACUGAAGAGUUCCAAAAGGAACAAUAUUUAAAUCAAAUUGUUGCAUUAUUCAUCCUGGAAUCAGGUAUUAUUUUUCAUUCCAUAUUCAUUGGACUUUCAUUAGCCGUUACUGGUGCAGAAUUCAAAACAUUAUUUAUCGUAUUAACAUUCCAUCAAAUGUUCGAAGGUCUCGGUCUAGGUACCAGGAUUUCAGAAGCCAAUUGGCCACAAUCUAAAAAAUACAUUCCCUGGCUAAUGGGUCUUGCAUUUGCAUUGACUACAGCCAUUGCUGUAGCCAUAGGUAUAGGUGUAAGACACUCGUGGGUACCCGGCUCAAGAAACGCAUUAAUUGCCAGCGGUAUAUUCGAUUCAAUAUCAGCAGGUAUCUUAAUAUACACAGGUCUUGUCGAACUAAUGGCACAUGAAUUUUUAUAUUCAAAUCAAUUCAAAGGCCCUGAUGGUUUCAAACGUAUGCUCUUCGCUUAUUUCAUUAUGUGUUGCGGUGCAGCUUUGAUGGCUUUAUUGGGUAAAUGGGCAUAA